AUGGCCCAGUCCCGUCACAUUCAAGAUCUCGCCGAUGAGUUACUGAGCGAAGUGCUGUAUUUUCUGGUGCCAUCUCAACCUGGACCCGGCCCUGGAAUCCGUGCCCUAAAUGGCGGCAGCUAUAAGAACGGUGUCAAGCAAAACGGUAUCGAUCGCCGAUCAUUUGGGUUUGGAGAAGCUUCGGAUCUAGAUCGAUUCCGACUCGUCUGUAUACGGUUCAUGCGAAUUAGCACGCCGCGCAAGUUUUCGCAUUUCAACCUGCGCUUCUCCAAGGAGGGCUUCCGCCGGUUGGACGAGCUUCUCCAGAUGCAGUUGGCCUGCUACGUCAAAUCUAUGACCUACCUGGUGCGACCUUUUUAUCAAGGCAAUUCCUGGGCACCGAUUUUUCGUUCGUUCGCUGCGAAACAUGCAUUCCCCGCGAAGGUACAUCGGCGUCGGCUACGAGAGCAAAUAGACCUGGUCGGCAAUGGCACCGAUCUAUCACAUCUUCGCACGGCGAUCGGCUCGUUUCCCGCACUGCAACAACUGAAACUGCUCCGUGUGCAAGAUGGAGCAGAUGAACUCCUCAUUGAUUACCUAGACGUUCAUUCUCCCACAAAUGGCAGUAACAAUUCCCUAACUGCUACUCACUUCGGCUGGGAAGCCGCAUGUGCACGCGCAAUAAGAAACCUCGGAAUUUCAGUACUAGACUCCCAGCGCACAUCCAUCCGCUUCAUAGGGCCCCAAAUUAGUCCCGAGGCAACCCUCCAACUUCUCCACGCCCCAUCGGCAACUUUCGCCGCAGUGGGGCACCGAAUCACAAGUCUCGACAUUACCUUCCACUGCAAAUCGGACAUUUCGUCCACAAUGACCGAACUAUCGGACGUUUUUCGAAACUUCUUCCUUGAAGCAAAAAACCUUGUCGCAAUCCAUAUUGGCUUUCUUCCAAAACACCCCCUCUCCCUCACUCUCGACACAAUAUUCCACGGCAUCCAUUGGAAAACUCUCCGUAUGCUCAGUCUGCAAGGCUGGCACAUUACAGCACAGGAUCUCAAUUUGCUACUCCGUCGUCACCGUGCCCACCUCCGCGCUCUCCACCUAGCCUCCAUCUCCCUCCGAACUGGGAAGUGGGCCUCGGUACUGAACGUCCUCCGUCACGAAAUGGAACGUCUCAAUCGCUUUGAGUUGAGGGAAAUUGGAUACGACGCCGACUUGAUUUCUAUCGGUAUGGAAAUUAUCGAACCCGUUCCGCUCCCACCACAAUCCUCCUCUGCAGCAGCCCAAUGGUUAUCGGCGGACGAGUUGGGUGAUGAUGGUUUCCAUGUAAGCAAGGACCAGGAGCGGCAUUGGGAGACGUGGGUUCUUACUGGGAAGUGGCAGAAAGAGCUAGGGCAGGUUUCAGAUGGAUAUCAGAAUGGACAUGGACACGGCGAUGGGCCUAUAAAUACGACAGAACCAGAUUAA